GUGCAUUAUUAAUAUUAUUAUGUUGUAUCCUGCGUGAUGUGAAUCCCCAGUGACAAUCGGCAGUGAUAUCAUCGGACCGUGGCUCACUGAGCUGCCGUUCUCAGUCACUCGUCAGACUUCACGUGUUAGUGUCGUGGUGUUAACAAUUGCUAUAAUUUGAGUGUCCUUGAUUUGGAACAAGGUUAGUUCGGUUCAAUUUUGUGAUUUACUAGCAGAAAUGGCGCAGGAAAAACCAGUAUUCGACUACCAUGAGGAAAGCCAGAGCGAGAAACUCGUGCGAAAGUCCAAGGAAUCUCCGUUUAUGGUAUUAGCCAUCGCGGGUUGCGCGGGAGCCGUCGGCUACGGCGGGUGGGCAUACAAGAACCGCGGCAAGAUGAGCACCAGCGUCUUCCUAAUGCAGUUCCGUGUGAUCGCCCAAGGCACAGCCGUCGGCGCACUGUGCGCCGGCAUGGUCUACACGCUGUACAACAACCACUUCAACCACAAACCCAAGGAAGAUCUCGCCAUAUUACCGAAAUCCAAUGAGCACUAAGUACAGUCUAUAACUCGUAUACUUGUAGGUACCUAUUUAAUUUUAGCCAUGUAGGUAAUUUCAACUCAUUUGUAGUUGAAAUCAGAGAUAUAUUGUGCGAUGUGUAGUGUAGGGUGAGUUUUGUAAAGGACUGCUAAAAUGAAUGAAAUGUUUGAAGCACAUUCUUUGAUUAUUUCUCUAACUCGAUGUUGAAGAUUACCUAUAUAAAAGCUACUGUAUUUUAAUUUUAUAGUAUUAAUUAAUAUUUUGAGCUACGAUUACUUGCCUAGGUAACAAGAUAGUAAUUGAAGUAGUAUAAAAUCGUAGCGGCCAUGACUCGUACUUUUCAUUAUAUUCCAACAUGCAAAUAUGUUAUAACAUGGUCUGAAAAUGAUAGUUCGCCCUACGAUGAGGUAGGCGAUGCGAUACCUUAUCUGUUUAUAUAAAGUUAUCUAUCAAUUUCGGUAUGUAAUAUCAUCGACAUUUGAUAGACGAAGGUUUUUGAUAAUACCUUGUAAUUAUUGUUAUAUAAUAUUGUGAAUACAUUCAAAAUAAUUCUGCAUUUUGUUUUGUAUUAUAUUCUGUGCAAAUUACUUUCUAACUGAGUACAUAGAUGUCUCUAUGUAACUAUUUAGAGAAUGUUUAUUGUUGUGUUGUAAAGUGUAUGGCUGUGUUAAUUUAUGUGAAUACUUGAUAACUAUUACGUUAAUAUUGUUUAAAAAAUAAAUUAAAUAACAGCUGUAGAAUUC